AUGCAUAAUUCAAAGCGAACGAAUGCAAUGAUAAUUGAAGCAGAUUUCCUUGCUAUAAUUGGAAAUCACUUUCUUAUUGUAACAUUGAAUCUGAUCAUUCCUUCUACUUCACCUCAAAUUAAUUUACAACAAAAAGUUUUGCUUCCAUUCGAAAAUUCAACUUCUGUAAAAUAUUUCAUUUUGCGAUUGGUAUCACAAAAUCGAAAUUUAACAAUUACUGAACAAAAUGGAUAUUUAUUUGCUAAUUCUCAACUAAUUACCUCAUUACGUUUUAAUAUGAGUAAUUGCUUAAAUGAUGUUUCAUUAAGAAUUUCAAUAAAUGAUCAGCGGAAGACAAUUUUGUCACCUUCAUUAUGCCAUCGGAAUGCACAGCUAAGACUUCAACUUGAUGAUGCUGACUAUUCUCAGAGAUGGCCAUUUUAUGGUUGUAUUGAAAAUGUAAUAUCUGCAGGAAAAGUUUUACUUGACCAGUGGUGCAGUUCUGCCUCGCGAAUCCAGCAAAAUCAUUCUUUACAAAGAGACAGUAAUACACAAUCUGAUGGACCACGACCUCCCCCAAUUUACGCGGACUCCACACAUUUUGCCGAACCUUUAAUUCUUCAUGAAGGGACAAGUGCCGUAUUGCAGCAGCGUAACUUCAUGCAGAAAAAACAAAAAAUAAUAACAAAAUGGAAAAGUACAAUAGAAAUAAAUUUUCGCAAAUUAUAUACA